UAAACCCAAUGGAAAUUUCGAAAUGUUUUUGAAUCAGUCAAAUCUAAUUUAGUUUCUUAUAGUUUUCCCAACUGUUAAUUUAUCAUUUCUCGCCGGAAAAUCUCUCAUCAGAGUUUCCUUGUAGUUCACGGCGAUGCUAUAGUCCUCCUUGAAAGCGACUGUCCGAGUAAUAUUACUUUAUUUUUUUAUGUAACCAGUGAGAAACUUACCGAUUCAGACAUGUUAAAACGAUGUGAAAGGAGAAGACUUUUGAUGGAAAAUAAACAAAACCGAGACUGGCGAUUGUCUUGUUCAUCUUGUUCUGGAUUUGGUUGUCUGUGAUGGGAGGAAGCAGCUCAAAGGACUCGAACAGAGGAGGCAGAAGCAGUAGGAGGUAUCCAGGUAGCCCUUCUGCGAGCUCGUCUGCUUCUUCUUGGGGGCCUUACGGAGACCACCAGAACAGCUCCUACCACACGCCAAGCCAUCCAUCUGCAAGCCCUGCACCUUCCUAUAACAAUCCUCGAUGGCAAACUCAGAAGAAUCUUGAGAGGAAGUAUUCACGGAUUGGUGAUAACUACCGCUCCAUCGAUGAGGUUACUGCUGCUCUUUCACAUGCUGGCUUGGAGUCCUCGAAUCUAAUUGUUGGUAUUGAUGUCACCAAGAGCAACGAGUGGACAGGGGCGAGAUCAUUUGGUAGGAAGAGCCUGCAUUACAUUGGAACUACUCCAAACCCUUAUCAGCAAGCUAUUUCCAUCAUUGGAAAGACUUUAUCGGUUUUCGAUGAAGAUAACUUGAUCCCAUGUUAUGGAUUCGGAGAUGCUACAACACAUGAUCAGGAUGUGUUUAGUUUCAAUGCCAAUGAUACAUUCUGUAAUGGAUUUGAAGAAGUUCUCAUGUGUUACAGAGAGAUUGUCCCCCAGCUACGCCUUGCAGGUCCGACAUCUUUUGCACCGAUUAUCGAAAGGGCCAUAACGAUUGUGGAAGAAAGUGGAGGCCAGUACCAUGUUCUUCUCAUAAUCGCUGAUGGACAGGUGACAAGAAGUGUUGAUACAGAGCAUGGGGCAGUCAGUCCACAAGAGCAGCAGACCAUUGACGCCAUUGUUAGAGCAAGCGAGUAUCCUUUGUCGAUAGUUCUUGUUGGUGUAGGAGAUGGCCCUUGGGACACUAUGAGACAGUUUGACGACAACAUCCCCGCUCGUGCCUUUGACAACUUCCAGUUUGUGAAUUUCACAGAGAUAAUGUCAAAGAACGUUGAUCCAGCAAGGAAAGAGGCAGAGUUUGCGCUUUCUGCGUUGAUGGAGAUCCCAUCUCAGUACAAAGCCACCCUUGAGCUUGGUUUACUAGGAAGAAGAACUGGAAACUGUCCAAACAGGUUUGCGCUUCCACCACCAACGUAUGCUGCUCAGUCCAUGCGCAACAGUCCAAGAACUUCAAGAUCAACCAGCUUUCAGACCAGAACACCACAAGCGUAUGAUAGUGGUGUUGCUGCCGCUACUGCACCAGUUUCAAAUGCUCGUAAUGAUGGCCAGCUUUGUCCUAUAUGUCUAGUGAUACCAAAGAACAUGGCUUUCAAUUGUGGUCAUCAGACUUGCUCAGAUUGUGGGGAAGACCUCCACGUUUGUCCCAUUUGCCGAAGCUCAAUCUCGGUUCGUAUCAAGCUUUAUUAAGAUAACCCUCUCAGGUGAUCUGACAUCUUUCAGAGCACAGCUCGAGUUAGUUUUCCAGCUAGUUCUCAUCAACGGUGGUGGAGAUAUGACCAGUGUCCUUGUUUGCAUUUGUUUCAGAUGUUUGUAUAUAAUUUGUUCGGUUUUGCAUUCUCAUUGCACAUGAAAACACACACAGCAGACGAGAGAUGUAAGUAAAAUAAAGGAUCUUUGAUUCUGCUGCAACAGACUUUGUAUAUAAGAAUUCAAUCUUUCUUCUUUUGAAGAGUCUUA